GAACUGCAAUAUAUUCAAAAUUGUCUCCUCCAUCAACGAUAAGAUUCCAUCAAAGUCAUAGUGGUAUUUCGAAGAAAGAUAUGGAGAACGGCGCAUUACAACAAGGCGAAGGCAAGGAUCCUUCAUCCUUCCUGUCAGAAAUUAUUGGCUCAAAAGUCAUUGUAAAGCUCAAUAAUUCUCUCGUCUUCAAAGGAGAAUUACAGUCCGUCGAUGGAUAUAUGAACAUCGCUUUAGAAAAAUGCGAGGAAUGGGUUCAUGGAAAGAAGAAGACAGUUCAUGGUGAUGCCUUUGUGCGGGGCAACAAUGUCAUGUACAUUUCGGCCGAUGAAUCUGCUUAAUUGGCACAAUAGUGGAAAAGCAUUGGGUGGGAGUUAUGGAGUGCUAUACAGGAAGGAUCCUUUUACGAAAUUCAUGAUAUCCAAAAGACGACGAUGAGACGCGACAAGGUAGCAGAAACCGGCGGAAUUAUAUGCACA